GAGGAGCCUGCUAAGUUUGCUAGCAAGGAGGAGCUCAGGUUCUCAUGGCGCUGGGUUCCUGUCCUGAGAACAUCGCGAGUCUGAGUGCUCGGACCACUCACCCAGGUCCCCAACUCCCGCUGGGAAAGAGACACCCGUCCAUUUGCAUCUGCAGACGGUCAGGGUUGGCUGGGAAGGGAACGCUCUGGCAAACGGGUACCGAGCCUUCCCAGCCACUAGCAUCUGGGCUGUCUUCCCGAGUCAUCGCUGCGACUCUGCAGACGUUCUCACUGAGCCACAGAGGCCUCGAUCGCUGUCUUUCUGUUUCCGUAGGUGAUUCAUUUGGAGAAAAUCACGAGUGAAAUGGGUGCAGCCUCCCAGGCGAAUGUCCGUCUCGCGUCUCUGAAAAAGACACUGGCCACCACUCUGUCCCCCCGCGUCCUGCUGCCGGCCAUCAACAAAACCUACAAGCACACCCAGAAGGACUGGAGGAACCACAUGGGUCCGUUUAUGAGCAUCUUGCAAGAGCACAUCGGGGUCAUGAAGAAGGAAGAGCUCACCUCCCAUCAGUCUCAGCUCACCACGUUUUUCCUGGAGGCCCUGGACUUCCGGGCACAGCACCCUGAGAAUGAUCUGGAAGAAGUUGGAAAAACAGAAAACCAUAUCAUCGACUGCCUGGUAGCUAUGGUUGUCAAACUUUCCGAAGUCACAUUCAGACCUCUGUUUUUCAAGCUGUUUGAUUGGGCCAAGACAGAGGACGCCCCAAAGGACAGACUGUUGACGUUUUACAACUUGGCGGAUUGCAUUGCCGCAAAACUGAAAGGGCUCUUUACUCUGUUCGCCGGCCACUUGGUGAAGCCUUUUGCUGACACCUUGAACCAGGUGAACAUCUCCAAAACAGAUGAAGCGUUUUUUGACUCUGAAAAUGACCCUGAAAAGUGCUGCUUGCUCUUACAGUUUAUCUUGAGCUGUUUACAUAAAAUCUUCCUUUUUGACACCCAGCACUUUCUAAGUAAAGAGAGAGCAGAAGCCUUGAUGAUGCCUCUGGUGGACCAGGUAACCAAGUCAGACCAUCUUUUAACUUCUCAUUUUUUUGUGGAUUUAACUUAUCUUCAUUGGUGGUUUUACUGAGCUCUGCUUUUGAAUUUUUCACAUGAAA